AUGGAGUCUGGGGAGGGAAGGGAUAUACAGAGGGGCUCAGCUGACCGCGCACAUCACGUGAUCCGGAGCACUGUGAACAUGGCGGCCACCAGCGGCUGGACACUGAUUGGGAAUCCCUGCUGUGUGCCCUUUCUCGGCGCGCUUCCCCGGGCGGAUCAGCUGGGUCUGCGCUUCGAGUCGCUGGCUGCGCGGUGUGCCGCGGGCCUGUGCUUGUGUCCCUGCAGACCUGCCUUCUGGCUGGGUAACCAGACCCUGAGGGUGCCUCUGGCACUCUUUGCACUGAACCGGCGGCGCCUGUGUGAACGUCUGCAGAGGAACUCGGCAGUGCAUUUGGGUGCCGUGGUGCUGCUGCAGGGUGGGGACGAGACCCAACGCUACUGCACGGACACCGGGGUCCUCUUCAGGCAGGAAUCCUUCUUUCACUGGGCAUUCGGGGUCACCGAGCCGGGCUGCUAUGGCACGAUUGAUGUCACCACCGGGAAGUCCAUCCUGUUUGUACCCAAGCUUCCGGCCAGCCACGCCACCUGGAUGGGCAAGAUCCACUCCAAGGAGCAUUUCAAGGAGAAAUAUGCUGUGGAUGACGUCCAGUAUGCAGAUGAGAUCGCAGCAAUCCUGGCAUCCCGCAGUCCCACUGUCCUCCUCACCUUGCGCGGUGUGAACACCGACAGUGGCAGUGUGUGCCGGGAGGCAGCCUUCGAGGGCAUCAGCAAAUUCAAUGUCAACAAUACCAUUCUGCAUCCGGAGAUCGUUGAGUGCCGGGUCAUCAAGACAGACAUGGAGCUGGAGGUCCUGCGCUAUACCAACAAGAUUUCCAGCGAGGCUCACCGGGAGGUAAUGAAGGCCGUGAAGGUGGGGAUGAAGGAGUAUGAGAUGGAAAGCCUCUUCGAGCACUACUGCUACUCACGUGGUGGCAUGCGGCACAGCUCCUACACAUGCAUCUGUGGCAGUGGUGAGAACUCGGCCGUGCUGCACUACGGACACGCUGGCGCCCCCAAUGACCGGACCAUCCGGGAUGGAGACAUGUGCCUGUUUGACAUGGGCGGGGAAUACUAUUGCUUCGCCUCGGACAUCACCUGCUCCUUUCCCGCCAACGGCAAGUUCACAGCGGACCAGAAGGCUGUGUAUGAGGCGGUGCUGCGGAGCUGCCGCACCGUCAUGAGCACCAUGAAGCCAGGUGUCUGGUGGCCUGACAUGCACCGCCUGGCCGACCGCAUCCACCUGGAGGAGCUCAGUCACAUGGGCAUUCUCACUGGUAGCGUGGAAGCCAUGAUGAAGGUCCACCUGGGAGCCGUGUUCAUGCCCCACGGGCUCGGCCACUUCCUGGGCAUUGACGUGCACGACGUUGGCGGCUACCCCGAGGGUGUGAAGCGCAUAGAUGAACCAGGCCUGCGAAGCCUGCGUACUGCACGGCACCUGGAGGAGAACAUGGUGCUCACAGUGGAGCCGGGCAUCUACUUCAUCGACCACCUCCUGGACGAGGCCCUGGCCGACCCGGCCCGCGCCUGCUUCUUCAACCAGGAUGUCCUGCAGCGUUUCCGGGGCUUCGGUGGGGUCCGAAUUGAGGAGGAUGUGGCAGUGACGGCCACCGGCUCAGAGCUGCUGACCUGUGUGCCUCGCACAGUGGAGGAGAUUGAAGCCUGCAUGGCCGGCCGAGACAAGACCUUCUCCCCCACCGGUGCCCAGUAGGGCAGCCACAGUGCCCAGCACCAGGGACCACGGGCAGCCUCUGAUUGGCGUCCGUAGCAGUGAUGGUGUUUGGAAGCUCAGACCAAACGGUGCAGUCCCAGGACCCUUCAUCUCUGUUUGCUUUGCGUCAAUGACAAACUACCUUUAAAAAUGUUUGCUCCGAAGAAUCCUGAUCCCUAGUAACUCAGUGCAUCAUGUACCGAUUAUAAUCUCUGACUCAGGAAAGAUGCCUUCUCUUUCAAUCGGUUUUAUUUUACUCAAAAAUUCUUUUUUCAAUCAAUUCACAGAAUGGACUUUGCAGUAAAAUUUUCUGAUGA